UCAGUUAUUAAAAGAAUGACUAACUCAUUCAGAGACAAACUAGGUCAAGGAGGAUAUGGUGUCGUAUACAAAGGAAAGCUAUUAGAUGGUCAGCUAGUGGCAGUGAAACUCUUGAGCGAGACCAAGGGUAACGGAGAGGAACUUAUCAAUGAAGUCGCUAGCAUUAGUAGAACUUGCCAUGUCAAUGUAGUCAAAUUUUUAGGUUUCUGUUUUCAAAGGAACAAAAGAGCUCUAGUCUAUGAGUACAUGAGCAAUGGAUCUUUGGACAAGUUCAUCUACAAUGAUGGAUCUCCGAAUUUAAGCUAUUAUCUAGAUUGCAAAACAUUAUACCAAAUUGCAGUUGGUGUUGCUCGAGGGUUAGAGUAUUUACACUGUGGUUGUAGCACAAGGAUUGAUCAUUUCGACAUAAAACCUCAUAAUAUUAUUUUGGAUGAUGACUUCUGUCCCAAAAUUGCUGAUUUCGGUCUUGCUAAAUUAGGACAGAGGAAAGAGAGUAUUAUGUCGAUGCUAGGUACAAGAGGAACAAUUGGAUACAUUGCUCCAGAAGUAUUCUCUAGAAAAUUUGGAGGAGUCUCUCACAAGUCUGAUGUCUACAGCUAUGGAAUGAUGGUAAUUGAAAUGGUUGUUGGAAGAAAUUAUAUUGAACCUGGGACUGUCCAUUCAAGUGAACAAUAUUUUCCGGAUAGCAUAUAUGAGCAGUUGGAACAUGGUGAGGAUCUAAGACCUCAUGGCGUUACUACUGAAGCGGAAAAAGAAACAGCAAGGAAAAUGAUGAUAGUGAGUUUGUGGUGCAUUCAGACCAAUUCAGUUGAUCGACCAUCAAUGACUAGUGUGGUGGAAAUGUUAGAAGGAAGCCUUCAAUCCUUGCAAAUUCCUCCAAAACCCAUCUUAUCUUCUCGUCCCAGGUUGCCACAAGAUUCUUUUGCAUUAUUACCACAAAGUUUGAGUAUUGACUGAAUUAAAAGUUUUGUUCAAAUUGAAUGGAAGAAUAAUAACAAUGAGCUCUUCAAUUAUUCUCUUCCUUUUGAUGUGCUUUUGGCCGGAUACUAAUACACCAUGUUAUGUAUGUUUUUUAUUUUUUAUUAUUAUUUUUUUUUAUUUUCUCAUCUUAUCUUGAAUUGUAGCUGAAGUAGAAUUGUUGUUUGGCUUAUUUCAGCAAUCUUGUAAUACUCAUUACUGUUCAAGAAUUUGUGAUUUAUGCCUUAUUAUUUUCUUGAAGAAAAGUUUAUUCUCGAUACACUCUGGUUACAAAAUCCAUUUUAAAAGUAUAAAAAGUCGUGACUUACACGUUGGUUCAUG